UCCAGUGGACUUGCACUGCUGAGAAUGAGAUGAGCAUCCUGGAGCUGGCUGAGAUGGGCAGUAGGCAUCCCAUCCAUUAUUGAUCGGUGAUUAGCAGGCCUCUCAACUUAAACACGCUUCUUGGGCUGCAUGGGUGCCCCAGGAAGGGGUACUUAAAUGUUUGUCUCUACCCCUGUCUGCUACUCAGGCAGCCUGCACCAUCCAACCCACGCAUCCAACAGGAACUUCUACUACAUCACCAUGCUGCGAGACCCCGUAUCCCGCUACCUGAGCGAGUGGAAGCACGUGCAGAGGGGCGCCACCUGGAAGACCUCCCUGCACAUGUGCGACGGACGCUCGCCCACCCAGGACGAGCUCCCCACGUGCUACAGCGGCGACGACUGGUCGGGCGUCACCCUGACCGAGUUCAUGGACUGCUCCUCCAACCUGGCCAACAACCGUCAGGUGCGCAUGCUGGCCGACCUCAGCCUGGUGGGCUGCUACAACCUUUCCUCCAUGAACGAGAGCGAGCGCAACCAGAUCCUGCUGGGCAGCGCCAUGAACAACCUGAAGAACAUGGCCUUCUACGGCCUCACCGAGUUCCAGCGCAAGACGCAGUACCUGUUUGAGCGGACGUUCAGCCUGCGCUUCAUCGCCGCCUUCACGCAGAUCAACAGCACGCGCGCCGCCAACGUGGACCUGAGCGAGGGCGUGCGCAGACGCAUCGAGGAGCUCAACUACCUGGACAUGCAGCUGUACGAGUACGCCAAGGACCUCUUCCUGCAGCGCUUCCAGUUCACGCGCCAGCGGGAGCACCAGGUGGAGCGACUGAAGAGGCGCGAGGAGCGUCGCUGGCUGCGGGAGCAGAGGGAGCAGGGCAGGGCCUGGCUCCCCAGGCGCCGGGGAGACGGUGGCCGGGGCCAGCAACACAGUGUGCUGGCUGGAGGCACUGGGGCCAGCAGACUGCCACCUCAGCAGGCCCACGAUCAACACUGA